UUGGGGAAUUCGCUUUUGCAAAUUCUGGGCUCUUUUAGAUUUUAGAUACACAUUUAUUUCCCUGUACACACGACAUCAAAUCCCUCCAUCUUCUUUCGAUCUUGAUUUUCAAGGCUCAUUAGAACCGUUGUGAAACGCAGGACUGUCACUCUUUAAUGUAGAAAAGUUGAUGUCUUGAUACGUUGAUCCUUUCUUUGCGUCUAGUUACAUAGUUCGGUUUCUCAUUCUUUUCUGCCGCAUACAAAACUUCGAUAUAAAACGCAUAAACCCCAAUGUGGUCAUUCGGAACUACUAUGACAAUGGCGAAAGAUAGCGAUCCUUCGCCGGCUUCUACUACGCCGGCUCAACCACCUGCUGAACCUUCUCAGCCUUCCCAGCCUCUCGAACCCUCACAGAAUACGAUACCAUAUCCCCGGCCUCGAUCGCCGAUACUAUCGCAACGCUCACUCAAGCAACUAGGCCUAUUCUUCGCCGGCGCAGGCUUUUUUACACUCUCUACUAUAAUAACAAGACGAGCGGUGGUUAGAAAACACUUGGCGACAAUUCCUAAAUUCUAUCACCAGAGUCAUCAACAAGUUAACAAGAUACAAUCCGAUGGCUCGUUAAUAGCCCUCGAGGCUCUAAAUCUCGCCACGCUCAAUGUCCUAGGAUUCGGCAUUAUGAUGACAGGUGGCCUAUCGUGGGCCUUCGAUGUCUCGAGCGUCGAUGAUUUAAGGGCUAGGGCGAGGGGACAUGUUGGACCCUCUGGCGGCCAAACUGACGAAGAGGCCGAACGAGAAAUCGAAGAAUGGGUAGCAAAAGUUUUGGGGAGGAAAGAACAAAAAGAAGAUACCAAACAACCGCCAGGGAAGGACGACUAACCGUGCCAAGUAAUUAAAGCCGGUAGAGGAAAGGUCUUGGUACUCAACUCAUACUUGGGUCUCAACACCAAGAACCAAUCUUAUAUAUUUCCGCUCCUCCCGCACGUCGAAACUCGAUAGUACCUAUGUCCCUGACAACUCGCUGAUUGGUGAUAUGCAUCAAAUAUUCACGUACUGAAGUGGGAUCCUACUCUAAUAAGCAAGCCACACACGUUCACACACGUUAGCUCAUCUUCGGUACCAGCAAUUGCGCAUAGCAAAACGCACUGUGUCUGGAGUUAGGUAUUUGUUCAGCUAUAGGUGGCGUUCGCGGCCUUGGUAUCACGCAGUAUACCUAUACCCGCCUAGCU